AUUUCCAGGGCAGUAGGCCUAUUUUGAUGCGAGGAGACAACAAAGGAGGGAGUGUAUCUGAGGGGAGUGGAUGGGAUGUUUUUUUUCUCUCUCCGUUUUUAUCACCGCCCACUCCAAACAUUUCAGCCAAUGAGCCUCGGCUAUGCAAAUCUGGAGCAGCACUGCACCGUCCCUGCCCAGGCGGUGACGUCACCCUCCCCUAUCCCCCCCACAGUAGUGUUGUCUGGCUUUGCAGCAGUAAGUCAGACAGAAAACAGAAAAGAGCUGAGUGAGCCGAGUUGGGGAGGGACCCUUUGAAGGAAAUAUUCACCACCGCCGGCAUUCCAGCAGAUCUGGAGUACCGCAACUCUGCUACCACCGUAGACCAAACACAUCCAGGGGACCCCUAUCUCUGGAAGAGUGGAUAUCUUUUUGCCUGUGUGUGUGUUUGUGUGUGUGCUGUGCAUUGAUUCACAGCUGUGCAAGAGAGUGUGUGUGUGAGGCAUCACCGAAUCGCACCAGUGGCUUGAAACCGGGUCCGGUGCCCCCCUCCUUUUCCCUGAUCAUUCCUUGUUGCUCUCCUUCCGCGUUCCCCCCCCCACCCACCCCCCCACUGUCUCAUCCUCCCCGGCUACGAGACGGAGUCUGCAGUCGCAAGAUGCCUAGCUCGCUGUUCGCCGACAUGGAUAGGAGCGGGAGCAACCAAGGGGACGCCCUGGACGACCAGAGAGCCCUGCAGAUAGCGCUGGACCAGCUAUCCCUGCUCGGCUUGGACAACGAUGACAAUUCGUUGUAUGACAACGAGCCCCGCAAAAAGAGUGUCAACAUGACAGAGUGCGUCCCCGUUCCCAGCUCCGAGCAUGUGGCCGAAAUCGUGGGGAGACAAGGCUGCAAGAUCAAAGCGCUGCGGGCCAAAACCAACACCUACAUCAAGACCCCCGUGCGCGGCGAGGAGCCGGUGUUCGUGGUGACGGGCCGCCGCGAGGACGUGGCCAUGGCCCGCCGCGAGAUCAUCUCGGCCGCCGAACACUUCUCCAUGAUCCGCGCCUCGCGCAACAAGAACAUCAGCCUGAACGGCACGGGCACGCCGGCCCCCGGCCCUCCCAACCUGCCGGGCCAGACCACCAUCCAGGUGCGCGUUCCGUACCGCGUGGUGGGCCUGGUGGUGGGGCCCAAGGGCGCCACCAUCAAGCGCAUCCAGCAGCAGACGCACACCUACAUCGUGACGCCGAGCCGCGACAAGGAGCCCAUCUUCGAGGUGACGGGCAUGCCGGAGAACGUGGACCGCGCCCGCGAGGAGAUCGAGGCGCACAUCGCCAUGCGCACCGGCGGCCUCAUCGAGCUCCAGGACGAGAACGACUUCCACGCCAACGGCACGGACGUGGGCUUCGACAUCCACGGCCACGUCACCCUGUGGUCCAAGCCCGGCGCGGGCUCCGACGGCACGGCCGCCGCCAACGGCACGGCCGGCGGCGGCGGCGGCGGCGGCGGCGGCGCCACCCCGGCCUCGGCCCGCAAGCCCUUCUCCAACUACCGCAACGACUCGUCGUCCUCGCUGGGCUCCGCCUCCACGGACUCCUACUUUGGCAACGGCGGCUCGCCCCGCAUGGCCGACUACAGCCCCCCCAGCCCCGCCCUCAGCUACACCGCCUCCUCCACCGCCACCACCACCAACAACAACAACAACGGCAACAACAACAACAACAACGCCAACAACAACGCCAACAGCGGCUUCGUGUACGGCCGCGAUGCCGUCUCCCCCGACUGCACCAACGACGGGGCCUUCGACGCGUCGCCGGGCUUCGAGCCCGCCACGGCGCCCCCCGGCCUCCUGUGGUCCCACUACGAGAACCGCCGUGGGACCCCCUCCUCCUCCUCCCCGGGGGGCAGCUCCCCCACCUCCUCCUCCUCCUCCUCUUCCUCCUCCACCGCCGCCGCCUCCGCCAUGUACUCCGUCCACGCCCCCAACGCCAACGCCGUGCUGGCCAGCCAGAGGAGGGCCCCCCACCACCCCAGGAUGUCCCCCCCGCUCCACGGACAGCCUGCCGCAGGACCCCUGGCCAACAACGGCGCCUCCGUCGCCGAGCACCCGCUGGCCCGCCGGGUCCGCAGCGACCCCGGCGGCGGGCCCCUGAGCUUCACCUACCCCGGCGCCGGGGCCUCGCUCCCCGGCCCCCACCACCUCCCCGGGGUGCCCUGCGACUCCUCCUCCUCCGUGUCCUCCACCUCCUCCUCCUCCUCCACCUCCUCCGGCGCCAGCCGCAAGGGCAGCCGCGACUGCUCGGUGUGCUUCGAGAGCGAGGUGAUCGCCGCGCUGGUGCCCUGCGGCCACAACCUCUUCUGCAUGGAGUGCGCCAACCGCAUCUGCCAGCGCAACGAGCCCCGCUGCCCCGUGUGCCAGGCCAGCGUCACUCAGGCUAUUCGUAUAUUUUCAUAAGGGGAAGAAACGACAACAAACUGAGAGAGAGAGAGCGAGAGAGAGAGAGAGAGAGAGCGAGAGAGAGAGAGAGAGAGAGAGACU